UUGCCUAGGCUAGAAUGCAAUAACAUUGUCAUAGCUCAAUCUAAUCUUAAACUUCUGAGCUCAAGUGAUCCUCCUGCCUCAGCCUAUUUAGUAGCUUGGACUACAGCAACACCAAAGAAGCACCAAGAACGCACCUCAUUCACUCCUAAACAGCAGGAAGAGUUGGAAGCUCUGUUUGGUCAAACCAUGUUCCCAGAUAAAAAUCUCCAGAAGGAGCUAGCUUUGAAACUCAACCUACCGGAGUCAACAGUGAAGGUUUGGUUCAGGAACAGACGAUUCAAAUUGAAGAAGCAGCAGCAGCAGCAACAACAACAGCAGCAACAGCCAUCAUCAAAGCCACCACACCAGAUUCUUCCAACCAAGAAUAUGUCUACUUCACCCAGAAUGGCCACCAAUCCUUACUCUUCUUUGCCUGCAGUUCCAGAUUUUUACAGCUCUCUUUCACAUCAGCCCUUUGAUCAUGCCAACCAGGCAUGGGGCUCUACCUUCACUGAGAGUCCCACAAGUAAUUUCCAAAUGGAGGAUAUUCAGGAGGAGAACCUGGAGGCCUCCAUUCCUGCUUUGUUCUCUGAAGCUUAUGACAUAGACCAAGUCAUAGAAAUGUACAGUUUGCCUGAUGAGGACGAGACAUCUGCCUGUUCCUUCCAGUGUCUAUAUCAGUAUCUCACACCCACAAGGUCCCAGAGGACAGGGCUCCUAUGUCAGUCCCCUAGGCAAACCUGUGUGACAAACCAAGGUUUUGGAGACUACAGUCUAAGAGACAGCCUGGAGUUCCAAGAACACCACCAAAAUGAAAGGCAUUGA